AUGGGUUCUCCGUCUUAUCAGUCUGAUGGAAUGCCGGUUGUGAAGGCUCCUCCUACUGUUAUUCUGCAGACGUCUGAGAUGUGGAAGGGACACAUUUUUGCGCUGUUCCACGGUCUCUUUCCUCCUGCAUCUGUUAUAUUUGCUGACCUCAAUCCUAUUUGGGGAAAGAAUGAAAACAUUAGCAGAGGAAAAUCUCAGAGACAGCCUGUCUCAUCUUCAUUUCCUAUGUUACAACUCGAGAAUAGGUUCUGCAAGUGGGCAAUCCUCAGUAAUGUUCCGCCUGCGCUUUAUUCACUCGUCGGUAUCAGCACUAUUUCCGGCACCAUUGGAGAGCCUCUUCCCACUGAACACUCUCGUCUUGAUUCGGUGAACAUUGGAGUUACUAAAGAAAAAGUGGAAAUCAUACUCGACAGCUCUCCUCCCUCCUUGGUUAUUGUCAUGGAUGAUGAGGGUAACACGGCAAUGAUUCAAUUCUCCUAUCCUAAACUUGCUCCUAAGUGCCUCAACUGUACCAAAUUUGGUCGUUUACUCAAUCGAUGUCCUCAUCUUUUAAAGAAAAGGUCCCUUCUAGCUCGGUCAAGGGUCAGCAAAGAUAAAUCUUCCUCCUCGACGUUUCCUUCUGACUCUUCUGAUGUCCUGCCUAACCUUGGCUCGAGUGUUUCAUCCGAUGCUAUUGUUUUGGAGGUGCCUCCUCCUGGUGGGUCACGCAAUGAGGAUGUUCCAGAUCAUAUCUCUCGAGCCUCCAAGAAAACAGCAUCCCGAGCACGCUCCCGCUCUUAUCAGAUCUCGGAUACUCCUGCUUUCUUGUCUGCUAAUCCAAGUGACGACUCGAAUGCUCCUCCUCCAUCUCACCCGAAUGAGAAUAUCGAUCAGACUCUGGUCCCUGCUUCUACCUCAUCACCUCAGGCCUCGCUUCUUCUCUCUGUUGAGUCGGUUCUCUCUGACAUUGCGUUUCCCUCUAACACAGCACGUAAGAAGGCAAAGAGGAGAUUACUGGCAGCGCUUUUGUCACAGGCUCCUCCAGAUUCGUCUCUAGCUCAAGUCCCUUAUAUUCGUUGUGGUAUUCAUAUUCCGGCUACUAAUAUCUCGUUCUCUAUGGCUUUUGUCUAUGUUCAUAAUAACGAGGAUUGCUUCCACCUCUCAGCACUAUUCGAUCAUUUUUCAGCAUUAUCUCUCUCUGGCAUUCAUGACUUGCAAUCAUGCUUGGAAGAUAAUGAGUUACAAGAUCUUCAAAGCCGUGGGGCUUACUUCACUUGGUCUAAUCUUCUUCAUGAAGACCCGAUUCUCAGGAAGCUUGAUAGGGUCUUGGUUAACGACGCUUGGAAUUCAGCUUUCCCUGAAUCCGUUGCAAUCUUUGAACCUCCUGGGGAUUCUGAUCAUUCGCCAAGUCUUAUUUGCUUGGAUUCAUCUCUCCCAGUUAUUAAGAAGUGCUUCAAGUACUUCUCCUUUCUCGCUUCUCACCCGUCUUUUCAGGAUAACAACUCUGAAGCCUGGAAUUCUCCCAUCUCUGUGGGAUGUGACAUGUUUUCUCUUGGCCAAAGACAAGAAUCAAGAAUUCGCUGGCUAAAGGAUGGAGAUGCAAAUACAACCUAUUUUCACAAGGCUGUGAUUGCACAUCAAGCCAAAAAUGUGACCAAGUUCCUCAGAGAUGGUCAAGAUAAUAGGAUUGACAAUGUAGAUCAAAUCAAGGACAUACUCAUCUCCUUCUACAGGCAGCUUCUCGGGACUGAAUCCCGUAACAUUACUCUUCUUUCUGUUGAUUCCAUGUGCAGCAUUCAUCCUUUUCGCUGCUCCAUAGAUUUAUCACAGGUUCUUUCUCAGAUACCUUCUGAUGAGGAAAUCUUAGCCACUUUCUAUACCAUGCCAAAGAGUAAGGCACCAGGUCCCGAUGGUUUUCCUGUUGGGUUUUUUCUUGAAGCAUGGCAGGUGGUUGGAGAGGGCUCAGUCAAAGCGGAUAAGGAACUCUUCAUCACCUCUCCUCUGCUUAAGCGGUUUAAUGCGACCACCACUGCUUUGCUUCCUAAAAUCCCUGGUGCUGGCAUGGCUCCUCAAGAGCAAACUCAAAUUGUUUAUUCCUGA